GUAGAGCCGGCCGGGGAAGGGAGAUGGCUCCUCAGCUUCAGCUCAGCACCUACACACAGGAGUUCAACUACCCCACCCAGGCCAAGACCACCCGGCCCAGACCCACAUCAGCCCACCGCAGGAACAACCCCCACCCACGCCCGGACUUCCUGCUGCCACGAAAGCUGCAGACAGGAUAUGGACUCAGGCCGAUGUUUCCAGCUAUUGCAGCUUCCAACAACGUUCCUCUGUUUCCACCAGUCAGACACAUAUCUGUCCAGUGUCCAGAUUUCUGA